AUGAUUGCCGACGACAGUGGUGUAAAGCAUUUUGAUCGCAAGUUUGUGGCGUCCAACCUGCAGAAUCUUCUACGCUGCCCAAAAUGCUCGAAAUGUUAUACUUACUCAUAUAAUAAAAAUGAAGGAGAUGAGAGUUAUCGUCCCUUUCUGCUGCCUUGUGGCCAUAAUCUCUGCGAGAGCUGCGUGUGGAGCAAUCACCAGGAUCUUAAGUGCGCCGUGUGCCAGACACCGGCUUCCCCAACGAUCAAGUCCAAGGAUCCGGCAAAGAAAUCCUCUGCCAAUGUGCGGGACUACUACGAACUAAACUACCAUGUGCUGGGGGAAACCAGCAGCCUUAGUUAUUUCCGCCGAUUCGCCUCGGAAACGACUAAUAAAUCCCUGACCCUCAGCUCCAUCAGCGAAGAGGUUGUCCAGGCCAUCAAAUGCAGCGAAUGUGGCAAUGCGAUAGCCAACGGGGAGUGCAGGCAGUGCAAUGCAUCCUAUUGCCGACGUUGUUUCGAGGCGGUCCACAACCACAGUCGCGUCCUGAAGUCGCACGUCUUUCAAAUCACACAGGAGUCCCAAUCCCGAAAGGGAUUACGGGUGGGCAACCAGUUCUUCACACUGCCCACCAAGAAUGAAUGCCAUCAGCACCGCAUGCUGAAAAACAUGUACUGCCUAAACUGCAAGCGGACCAACUGCCCGGCUUGCAUCUCCAUUCUUCAUCGCGGGCACCGCACUAAAUCGCUCUUGGAUGUGAAUCAACGUUAUGCUUCUGAGAUACCGACGUCUUUGAAUUCAUUGAAUUCCGCUCUACUUAACAUCCAAAAUGGCCAGGAGGUGGUGCAAGUGGCCAAGAAGAAACUAAGCGACUAUGCCUCCGAAACGCUGGCCAGCAUCUCCAAGCGUUUCUGCCACCUGCACGGACUGCUCCAGGUGGCCGAGCUGCAGGUCAUCGAGAAGCUGCGCGAGUCCAGUCUGCCACCGCAAUUGGAACUCAACGAAGCCAUGGGCACUCUGAGUGGCUACGAAACUGUGAUCAAGCGCCUAAAACAUUGGUUGCAAAGUGGAUCCGAGGGCAACAUGGGUGUGCCCGAUGAUGUAUCCUUGAGAUGGCUGAUCGAACUGAUUGGCGACCAUAUCGAGAAGAUUCCCACUACUGUGCAGGUCAGCAAGAUCGAGCAAAAUCCCUACCGCGUGACUUCUAGUCGAUUCCUAGACAUGUCCAACAUAUUCAAGUGCGAAUUUGUGGACCCCAAGAUAAAAGUUAACUUUAAGACCGAUUUUGAGAUGAGUCGCAGCUUGUCAACAUCAGCCAAGGAAGACUUUACCUUCUCCAAGUCUUCCAGCAAUGGCUUGGGGAACAUCCUUCAGCCCAACGUGAUGUCAACCCAAAAUUCGAGACCAAAGUCAAUGUCCCAGAAACAAAAGAAAAGGACCAAAAAGGCUCAGAAGGCUAAAUCUAGUCUAAACUCGACUACUGCAACUACCGAUGAGUUUCCUGCAAGGGAAUCGGAUUUCGUACAGAGCUUCUCAGCCUUGGACAUUACCAAACCGAAUUGUACACAGACUUCUAAGGCAGAAGGCAAGGGUGAUUGGUUCAAAACCGAUGCACUGGUUAAGGUGCGAUCUGUCAACUCCCCCGAGGAUUUCUAUGUUCAGGGCAUCCAUGCUGCCCAGCGAUUGCGCGUCGAGUUGGACACUUUUGCCCAGACACUCUCCGAAAGCCGCUCCACUCCGCCGACGAUCGUGGUGGGCCAGCACUACAUUACCUACCACAAGGAACAGGAUCGCUUCGAUCGUGCCAUGGUCAGCCAAAAGCUGUCCACUCGGGAUACCUUCAAGGUAUUUUUGCCGGACAUUGGCCUCUACAUGGAAGUGCACAGCAGCAACUUUCGAGAGGUGCCGGAACGUCUGGCCCACCUGCCGUACUCCGCCGUUCACUGCAGCCUAAGGGAGCUGAUGCCCAACCACGGUGGUUCCGAAUGGGAUACUAGGGCCAGCGCCUUCCUCAAGCAGAUAGUGCAGAACAAUCCUGUUCAUGUGAUCGUGAAGAAAGCUCUGUCCCAUGAGCUACACGAAGUGGACCUCAUCACCAGCAACUACAAUACUGAUAUCUCCGUACGUGAUUCUUUUUUAUACUCUGGCCUGGCGCGCUCCCGCUGCGGCCGAGCGCCAGCCAUUGGCCAUCAGUGGCUGCAGCCUGCUCCGACUAUGCUGCGCCUGCCGAGAAUGACGUUCCAGUUUGGCGACGUACUGAUGAUCCAGAUGCUGCACGUCGAGGACCCGCAAGAGUUCUAUGUUAUGCGCCACGAUCUCGAGGCGAAGCGUUGCUUUCUGCAAUCCAGCCUCCAGGGAUCCAUGGAUCGGAUUAACAUUAGUCAGCUGCAGAACAUUUUCCUGGGUCGACUGCAUCUUGGUUGCGUUCUGCAGUCGGAUGGACAGUGGAAGCGCGCUAGCAUCGAGCAGAUUCUACCCGAUGGUUAUGUCCUAGUGCGCCUGGUGGACGAUGGUCCUAGCCAAAAGGUAUUUUGGGACCAACUGUUUGUGCUGCCCCAGAACUUCUGGGACCAAGAGUUCGCCAUCAAGUGCUGCCUGGCGGAUGUGGAAACCCGUGCGGAGCUGGCCUACAUGUGGACCCCAGAGGCGACGGCCUUCUUUAAGCAACUCACCUCGAAUCCCAAGCUGCACAUGGAGGUGAUCCGUUCCACGGCGGAUGUGGUAUACGUGGCGCUAAAUUUUAUACGUUCCGGCUCAGAGACCACAAGCGUGGGAGUCCAACUGGUUGCCCAGGGGUAUUGCACGUCGAGUGGGGAGAGCAGUAAGAUGAUUAACCCACCCGAAUCCAACCGAAGCAUACGCCUCGAUGCGGAAACGCGCCGGUUUCUGGCACUUCAGAAGGGUCAGCCCGUGGAACUGGCUCCUUACCAGAAGGCCGAUAAAACUGAGCGCAACAAGCGAGUGAAUGUCAUUGUUCUCCACGUCCGGCAGCCGGAUGAGUUCUAUGUGACCCUUCCCCAUUUCCAGCCAGCCAUCGACCAUCUGCAGAUGGCAGUGCAGGAGGCAGCUGCAGUAAUGUAUCAAGAUAUGAUACCCAGGACCAAUUGGCAGGUGGGCGAGAUGUGCUAUGUAAGAGUCAAAUCUAAGUUUGAUUCAGAGGUGCUCUGGCAUCGUGGAGUUGUGACGAAGGUCAUCCCUCCUGGAAGCAAUUCCGAAUCGGUCCGCUACCAAGUUCAGUUGAGGGAUUUAGGUGAGCUGGUCGAGAAUGUGUGCAGCACUUGCAUGACCAACAUUGACGAGGCCAACAUGCGCAUCUCCAACAGCGCUAAGCGUUGUCAUCUACACGGAGUUCGAUCAAUCGGUGAUGGGUGGUCUGAAGAUGCCAUUGAAUUCUUCAUGGAUCAGUUGCAAGCCUACGAUGAAAUCUAUGUUACCGGCAACGGGCAUACGGAUAACUCUUUGAGCGUUGUGCUCUGGGGCUCCCACACGCUAGUCAGUGGACCCUUUUCGCCUGCUCGAACUAAGUAUGUUAAUAUCAACAAGACCCUUCUGAUGGCCGGUAUGGCUGAGAAGGAUCUCAAUUCCGAUAACGAAGACCAGCAGUCGGUGCUGGAAAAUAUGAGCGCUCGCUCCACAGGAACUGCCAAAUCCAUUGACAUUAAAGCCUGGCAAUCCUAUAUGGACAAAAUUGAUAAGAUUGAUAAGGCAAAAAACAUUGAUCCCUCAGAAUUGCCAAGAGUAAAACCAGGCUUCGAGCACAACGAGGAUAUGCCUCCGCUGGAACUGCUCGAGGAUUUGGGAAAGGCCAAGCCAACGAUUGGUCAGACAUCACCACCUGCCGGUUGGACAACGCCGCGUAAGUGUGAGAAGACCAUCUUCACGGCGAUCGCCACCAAUGUGAGCUACGAGUGCUGCAUCUACCUGACUUUGGCCAACGACAAGCCCUUCCUAGAGCACAUGCGCAGCCUGCUGGUGCGAAAGUACAAACCUCUUAUGAAUAAGCAGCAGGAGCGAUCCACGUCCUAUACGUACGAGGUGGGACAACCGGUGCUGGUCACCUAUCACAUGGACAACCUAAUCUACCGAGGAAUAGUGCAGCGCUUGCGAAACAAUCACGAGGAGUACACUGUUUACUAUGUGGACUACGGCAACAUGGAGCAGGUCAAGGCGGAUGAGAUGCUGCCAUAUGCCCCGUUCCCGGAACUGAACGCCAUGUGCUUCCUGGUGACGAUAGACGGAGUGCGAUCGAAGCAGGGAAAGUAUUCCAUUAAGGAAAUGGACACGGUCCACCAGGCUGUGGUCAUGAAGCUGAGCAGUGUGCGUAUUGUGGACGCCAAGGGAGAGGGUUCCAAAAAGAUACCCACAUGCCAGAUCAAGGUGGGCAAUCUGGACAUUGGCGCUAUGAUGAUACUGAGCGGCAUAUCGGUACCAACCGAAAACUCAAAGAUCAAGCAGAAAUCUUUAUUUAUCCCCUCCCAAAAAGCGCUCGAGGAGUUUAAGGUAUUUGACGAACUGGAGAAUUUGGCUUCCGGGGAAGGUGAAUUAUCAGACAAUGAAGUGGGCAAAACCCAGCGUAAGGGCGAAACCAUUUCGCCACCUCCCUCUAAGAAAAAGUACAUGGUAAACAGUAAGGAAGUGGAGGCCUUUGAGUGUGAUCAAGAUUUCGAUUGCCAGCAGGCCGCGGAGGAAAUGUAUCUCAACAAUAGUUUCUUUCUGCCCGACUUUGAUAAAUACGCUGGCGAAAGUGGAAAGAAUCGGGACUUGAUGGUUGAUGAUGAGAUGUUAUCAAAUACCACUGAAAGUAAAGAGAUGGAGAUGGAUGAGAAAUCGGAAGAAAGUCAGAUGGAGCCGCUGAAUUCUUUGGCUGCAACUCAGUUGAAGCGCCGCAUUGAACUGCGCCAAAAGGAAAUGAAGGACAAUGUCAGUUUUUCCCCAAUGGACACUUCAACAGUUCGGUCUUACUACGAUGCAAGUGGCAGUUUCAAGACGCUGAACCUGCCCAACGGAGUAAAGCAAUUUCAGUGCACUGUGGACAGCGUACUGUCGGCCACGGAGCUUCAGAUCGCGCCAUGUCUCACUGAAUUUACCAAGUACGACAUUAGCUUAGUCCAAGAGACGAGCGCUUUGAUCAAGGAUGCCGAACCGCUGAAGAAACCCAGUUUGGGUGACUUGUGCCUCGCCCGAUACUCGAAAGACAAACAGUGGUACCGGGCCAUCAUCAAGGAGAUACCACCAUUUACUCCCCCAAACACUCCUCAGGCCACCGUUUUCUACAUCGAUUUCCACGACACCGAGAAAGUUUCAUACAACCACCUGAAGGUGAUGCCAAAUCAGUUGUUCAUGUUCCCGCUGCGCUCGUUCCGUGUCAAAUUGCAUGGCGUGAAGAAAAACAAAAACUUUGGUGAAAAGUCAGUGCGCCAGGCAUUGCAGGCCUGCCUCUGCAAGUAUCCGCUGGUCUAUGCCCGGGUUCAUUAUCCCCUCAACUACCAUUCCAACAAGAACGACCGAUCUGAUAGCGAGUCCGAUCUCAUCGAAGUGGAGCUCUUCGAGAACAGGCACAAGAAGAAGCUGGUGUACCAAUCCCUCUGUGAAAACUGGAUGUUCCUAAAGAAAACCUAAAAAACCUUCAAAAGCCAACAACAAUAUUCAAAAUAUUAUUUUCAAUUUCAAAUAUGCGACCUCAAAAAAAAUACUACUAAAGAAAAACUACAUAACUGAAUAUGUAUCACAUUAUUACUUUAUAUUUUAAUUUACUCAUUAUUUAAAUACCAUCAAGUGUUCAUAUGACCAUUAAAAUAAAUGUAUUUUAAUAAAAGGCCAUUACAUUAC